AUGCGGAUGGAAAGUCACUGGGAACAGGCUGAUGACCGGAGACUGGAGACUGAACUUCCGUGUGAAGGAUGUUAUCAGAGGGUUUUUUUUACACAGGAUUUGCAAAAGUCGUUAAGAGGGGUGUGUUUACUGCCAGAACUUAUUCAUAAAGGCACCAAAGAUGACCAGCGGGAUUAUCUGUUUUAUCUUGCUGUAGCCAACUACAAGUUCAAGGAAUAUGAGAGAGCUCUGAAAUACAUCAGGACUUUACUGAGGAAUGAACCUGGAAAUUCUCAAGCUUUAGAUCUGGAGAAACUCAUUAAUAAAACCAUGAAGAAAGAUGGGCUGGUUGGAAUGGCAAUUGUUGGUGGCAUUGGUCUGGGUUUGGCUGGAUUGGCUGGUCUGAUUGGUUUAGCUGUGGCUAAGAAAUCUGCAUAAGUGGAUGACCUGAGCCAAAUCUUAAUGCCUUAAGCCUUGUUUUGGGUGAUGAACGGAUG